AAUAUUUUUAAUUCCUAGUAGAAUAUAACAUUACGUCAUAAAAGUGUAGUCUGACAAAAUGCCGUCCUGAAUGGUCUGAGACAAACGCAUUGUGACAACCUCAAACUGGUCGAAAAGGAUCUGAAUAAUAUUUAGUCCAACUGUUGAAAUAUCGCAGACAGGGACCAGCAACCCCACAGAUACAUCUCACCUUCCUAAUUUCGGAGAGGACAAUGCGUCGAAACGAUACCGCUCCCACUACACGCAAGGUGCAGGGAGGGAUCUUCUUACCAAAGCCUCAGAAUGCCAUCACCAUUGCGGUGUCAUCGCGUGUCCUCUUCAACAUGGAUAAGGAGCAGCAAAUCUACGAACAGAAAGGCAUGGAGGACUACCUCAAGUACCAGAUAGAGCAUGAGAUGGAGCCCUUCGCCCCCGGCCCUGCUUUUCCUUUCGUUAAGGCUCUGGAGGCAGUGAAUACUCGGCUGAGGGAGCUGUACCCUGAGAGUGAGGAGCUCUUUGACGUUGUGCUCAUGACCAACAGCCACGCACACGCCGGUCUCCGACUCAUAAACACCAUCAACCACCAUCAGCUCUUCAUUGAGCGUUUCUGUAUGACGGGUGGGAACAGUCCCAUUGGGUACCUGAAGGCUUACCACACUAACCUGUACCUGUCUGCUGACCCCAUGAAGGUCCGAGAAGCCCUGGAGGAGGGAAUCGCAGCAGCCACCAUGUUUAAUCCACCAGAGAAGAGAACAGAAGUGUCAGAGACUCAGCUGCGGGUGGCAUUCGAUGGGGACGCAGUGCUCUUCUCUGACGAGUCAGAGCGCAUCUUUAAGGCCCACGGACUGGACAAGUUCUUUGAGCAUGAGAAGACACACGAAAACACGCUUCUUGAUCAUGGACCACUGAAAGGGUUCCUGGAGUCUCUGGGGAAGCUGCAAAAGAAGUUCUAUGCCAAGGAUCAGCGUCUGGACUGCCCCAUCCGUACCUACCUGGUGACGGCACGCAGCGCAGCCAGCUCAGGCACCCGGGCCCUGAAGACACUGCGAUCCUGGGGCCUGGAGACAGACGAGGCCCUCUUCCUUGCUGGGGCCCCUAAGGGGCCAAUGCUGGAGAAGAUCCGGCCUCACAUAUUCUUUGACGAUCAGUUGUUCCAUGUGGAGGGAGCUUCGCAGCUGGGGACCGUGGCAGCUCAUGUGCCAUAUGGUGUGGCUCAGAAACUGCCCCAGCAGAAGCCUGCUAAGGAGAACACUAAAGACUUUAGCGCUGCCACCAAGUAGUCUGGAUUUCACUCUCUUCCCUAACCCAAGGGACAAUAAAACAGCAUUGUGUAUUUGAAUGAGACAGUCCUUUUCAGUGCCCUCAGUUAUCUGGGGAGAGAAUCACAUGACAAUGGGAGAAGCAUAGAGGGAGGUCAUGCCAUUUUCACCUGUGUCAUGUGUCAUCACAAGAGACAGUGCCAGUAGAUGUAAAACAAAACGUCAAAUAUCGUAUGCCCAAAAAGUGCUGCACAUACAUACCCAGAUCUUGACCUACCAAGGUAAAAGAACUGGAAUUGUAUCUAAUUAACUCUGUCAGACCAGGAAAAAUAUAAUUUUACAGCAAUUCCUCAAAUAGAAUCUGCACACAAUUGCAAGGUCUAUCGCCAGUCCUGCAUGAUGUAAUAAUGCUGUGAAAUUGUGAACAUUUUAAUACCAUUUUAGUGUUAGAAAUGUUUAAAAAUACAUGUCUCUUUGCUAAUAAGCUAAUUUUUGUUUCAUUUUAAUUGAAUACAAUCACCGUAAGGUACUUAAUUGUUACCCAGAAAUGAUUUAAUAUUUAGAUGGAAACAGCUCCAUAGCAUUAACAUUCUGAAAACCAUCAUUUACAUCCAAAAAUCCACCCAAAUAUAGACUAUACAAUAGUUGUGGAGUUUACAAAUCUGUGAAUUGUAGCAACAUCAUGAUGAAACUCCAGAACCCCAAAAUGUAUAAAUGCAUUAUCUCAGUCUAUACAGAUAUUUGGCAAUACAGUAUUUGUAACAUUGAGGGGGAGGGGUGAUAUUAAAAACCUACAGUAGA